AGGCAAAAGACUGCGAGCCAAGCGUGCUACUAGUAGAUGACGACACGGAGCAGCAUGUGGACAAGCUGCAAGCUCCGCAACCAAAUAUCGAGCUUUCACUCAUUGAUAUGUUCAACGCGAGCACCCUAGCGAGCAUAGCGCUGAUGGUUGGUGGCAAGGACGGGGGAUGCUGCCAGCUCCGAGACCAAACAACUACCACAGAGUCUUUGUCGGCCGAGAUCGACUGGGAAAACGAAACGGCACUGACGUCCGUCCUCCAGCCGGACCUAUACUAAUCCUCGCACGCUCUAUCUACAAACAGUGGCAAAGGCCCUUUGGAAUUUCGUCCAAAACUACAGUUGUCCUCACGGGUGCGACGGGCUACCUCGGGCGCGGGACCCUGUCGGCCUUGAUUGCCAAUCCGGACGCGCGGAGGACCCACUGCCUGGCCGUUCGGGACGGCCGUCGCCUGCAAGGCCUGUCUAACAAGGUCGAGGUGCACGAAGACGACCUGGUCCUGCCGCAACUCGGACUCUCUGAUGCCGAAGCUCGGUCUGUCUUUGACGCUGCCGAUGUCAUUAUCCACAACGGCGCCGACGUGUCGCACCUAAAGUCGUCCGCGUCUUUGCGUCGCCCGAACGUGCAGGCGACAAAGGAUCUGGCGGCCCUGGGGCCAGGGAGGGUCCCGCUGCACUACUUCUCCAGCGGUGGGGCGUGCAGUUUCGCGGCGGCGACAGCGCGUAGCCACGUUGGCCCAGCGUUGGUGCCGCGCUUCGCGACGCUGAACGGGGCAGCUGGCACCAGGCUCCGCCAGCAGCAAGUGGGUAAGCGAGGUGCUCCUGGAGAAGCUCAAGGCCAAGUACCGCGACUAGCCCGUGUGGGUGCACCGGCCUUCGAACAUUUUGCGUGUCGACGACCCGCAGCUCGACCUGGUGCACAACGUGCGGCGGUAUGCACGCGAGCUGCGCGCUGUGCCUGCCCUGGGCAGCAAGACGCGAGGCUCGUUGGACUCGGUCACGCUCGACACGGUGGUGCGCGGCGUCAUGGACGCAGUGAAGGAGACGGGAUGGCGCAGAGGGUGGGCCGCAAGCGACGUGCGGUUUGUGCAUCAUCUUGGAGACGUCGAGUUGCCCACGAACGACCUGCGGGCGUGGAUUACCGAAGGGACACAUGGGAAUUGAAGAAGCGACACGCUCGACCAAAUUCCAAUUGAGCAGUGGACGGAGCGCGCGGCGGCCAGAGGUAUGAAUCCGGCUUUCGAGGCUUUCUGGAAACAUUCGGUGCGGGCGGUGGGUCAUCUUUC